AUGCAGGAGCAACCAUUGUCGACCGCUGAGAAUCAUGGUGACUCAUGCGGCAAUGACCAGCAGUCAUAUGAGGGGAGGAAUUUCGAUUCCGAUGCCUACAGCCAAGCCAGCUCAACGAGCUACGAUGGCCGUCCGAUCAAUGACUACGAUUUGCAGAGACAAAGGUCGUCUUCGUUCUCUGCGCGCUUCAGAUUUGCGGGCGGCCCCAACAGCAUUGAUCAUUUUGCUCGCUCAUGGCAACGAGCCGCUUGUUUCCCCGAAGUUAUCCCUCGACGUUCGUCGUUCGCGGCAGCUAGACCGGAUGAAGAAUGGGCUUCGGGGUGGAAUGAGGAUCUUGCAUCGCGAAGCUCUUUAUCAGCCAGGCAGGAGGCUGAUUAUACACGGCCAUUGCUGCAUGGUGACGAGGAAGGAGACGGAGGUAACACUGAUCACUCAAAAAGGGGGUUUCCAAGUACCGCUAUCCUUAGCUCGUCAUUGGACAGGAGCCUGGGGACAUCUUACGGUACAAUCUCAUCCAGGGUCAGUGAGGCGACUCGAAGAAACGCAAUACAAUUUCAUAGGGAACAAGUGGCACAUCGGAACGCAACUGUAGUUCCCGAUGGUGAGCCUCUCCUUGUCAAACAAAUCCAGCACGAUGAUGGAACGCGAGAGAGUGUCAUUGUUGGCCAGUCUACUGUGCCGCAAACGGUUUUCAAUUCGGUCAAUGUCUUGAUUGGAGUCGGUCUAUUGUCGUUGCCUCUGGCGAUGAAAUACGCUGGGUGGCUCCUGGGGUUAUCGUUCCUCCUCUUCGCUGCUGUGACGACUUCGUACACUGCCAAGAUCCUGGCUAAAUGCUUAGACGUUGACCGAAGUCUCGUGACAUAUGCAGAUGUAGCCUACAUCAGCUUUGGGCAUCAUGCACGGAUUGUGACGAGUCUUUUGUUCUGUCUGGAGCUGAUAGGGGCUUGCGUCGCCCUAGUUGUGCUUUUCGCCGACAGUCUUAAUGCUCUGAUACCCGGUCUGAGCAUCCUACAAUGGAAAAUAAUUUGCGGGUUUAUGCUUAUGCCGCUCAACUUCGUUCCCUUGCGGCUACUAAGUGUCACGAGUAUAUUAGGCAUCCUGUCUUGUACUUCCAGUGUGUCAUUCCUGCCUCUGAACGGUGCUCGCACGAUGGACUAA